AUCGCGUCACGCGUCGUGGAGUUGUGGACAUCAGACGGGGAUGGAGUAGCGGGAAGUAUGGGUCCAGCUGAAGAAAAAACGGUCGACAUUUAUCGUGACACGUGGGUCCGCUUUUUAGGCUAUGCCAAUGAAGUCGGGGAGGCCUUCCGUGCUCUGGUGCCAGUGAGCUUUGUUUGGGGUAGCUAUGCUGUGGCCACUGCUUAUGUUACUGCAGAUGCAGUGGACAAAGGCAAAAAAGCAGCUGUGGCCCAUGGAGACAACCCAGGGAAGACGACACGAGUGGCCGUAGCGGUCGUGGACACGUUUGUGUGGCAGGCCCUGGCCUCUGUGAUCAUCCCGGGCUUCACUAUUAACCGGGUGUGCGCAGCAUCCCUGUAUCUGCUGGGCAAGUCCACCAAGUGGCCUUUGCCUGUUCGCAAGUGGACCACCACAGCUAUUGGGCUCUCCACCAUCCCCUUCAUCAUCACUCCAAUAGACAGGUCAGUGGAUUUCCUGCUGGACUCGAGCCUUAGGAAGGUCUACAAUGAUGGAAAGAAGCACGAAUAAAGAGGAUCAUGCAGACUGGAAGCACACCAGUCUCAAAUUUGCACCAAUUAUGCAGACACUCUGGAACGCAGCCAUUUUAUGGUGCAAAAUUUCAAACUCGUUUAGUGAUAUAACUGUAUUAUCAUAGUGUUUAUGAUAGAGCUGGAUAUUUAUGUACAAGGUCAGGUGACGUAAAGGGAAAUCCUGCUCCAAAGUAGGCUCAGUUUUAACCUCAGGGCAGUGUGAGUUGUAUUACCAAAAUAUAUCUUAAUAAGAAUGCAGUAAUAUAGAAAUGAUACAACAUCUUCACCUUACCUGCUUGUUUAGCGUAGGCAUAAUAAAUUCCUGGGAGCAAAGGAAACUUCAAAUGUUGCCAUCUUUCAAAAGAGAAAUUAAUCUUUUUACUCUGGCUUGUGAAGCAUCACUUAAUAGCUAAACAUCAAGGUGCAUUUGUAUCACUGGACUCUUGGUGUGUAUUAUUUGCCAUAUUCAAUGGCCCCGUAGUCUAAUGGCAGGUCAAUGAGCCAGGUCACUGUCAAAGGUUUCUGUUACCUUAAAAAAAACUGCAGCCCUUAAGAGAUGUUACUUGGUGCACUUUUUCAACCUUUUUUUUCUUUUGAAGGCUAAUGAGCUUUCACUGAGAGCCUUCUUUACACAGUAGUUCCAGCUUUUUUGAUUCUAUGCACUAUAAAAUCAGUUUACGGCUGGAAAUAGCAAUUUUAGAUCAUUUUAUACUGUAUACAGAACUGAGUUGUAUGUCUGAGCCAAUGAAAAAGCAAAACUGUGCAAUUUGACUUUACCUCUUUCAAGGCUGGGCAUUGAAAUCACAUUUAGGUUUUCAGUUCUCAGAUUAGGUAGAUUACACAUAAGGUAAUAGUGAUCUCUGAAUAGAUAUUAGGAAUGAAUGACAAAUUCUAAGAUACUGUUUGCAAAAUUGUGACAAUGUAAGUCAGAUGUUGCAAUUCAUAAUGAGCUAUGCAAGGGAAACAUUGUGUGUAUAGAUGAGUUUGAAAUUGCAAGGAUUGUUUCCUGCAUUUAAAAAACCCCCUCAAUUUACAAAUAUUUAGGAAUUGAGAAGGGAAAUCUGAUAACAAGAACUGCAGGCAGCUGAGAACACCAUAUUCCAGGCAAACUUUUUAAAGGGGCAGUAUUAUGUAAAAUUGACUUUUUUGAGCUUUAUACCUUGUUUUCUUUCAUUUAUGUUUGAGAAAUCCUGGAAUCUCAAGCGGCAGCCAAUCGGGUUUCUGAAAUGCUUGGUCUCACUGAUCAACGCCUUUUCCAUGCAGCUCCUCCAUGCAGCUGCAAUCUCCAAGCAGAACUUCCACUCAGUUCCUCCAGACUAGUCAGCAGCAAUUAGCAAAUGCCUAAUGGAACUGCUCAUCUACUGAGCUCAUCAUAGGAGCUACUUCUCAGUGCACCGCAACUAAGAUCGACAUUGAGGAUUUGAUGGAAACAUGUUGUUGUGAUGACUUCUUAAAGACAGAGGAUCAGAAAGAGCAGGAGUCUCUUGAAGAGACAAAGGCCCAAUUUCAAGGUGUUAAAUUGCAAAGUCAAAUUUAUUUCAAGUCAUGUUUGAUGUAUGUAUCAUUUUUCUAACUGAAGAUAACAUGUUUACUUAAUUGUGCUAUACAAUUACAAUAUACCCACAACAUA